AAUUAAAACCAUCGAACCGCAGCCUCGUGUCAUCAUUUUCUCUCCCUUUUCCCACUUACCAAACAACACCAUUAUUCAAACACUGCAGCAAAGAUGAAUGAAGAGAUGAAUGGUGGUUUUGAGGUUGAGAAUCGUCAGGACAGUGUUCCUGAGAAAAUAGAUUACGUUUUCAAGGUGGUGGUGAUCGGUGACUCUGCCGUCGGGAAGACCCAGAUACUGUCUAGGUUUACUAAGAAUGAGUUCUGUUUUGAUUCCAAGUCCACCAUUGGUGUUGAGUUCCAAACCAGGACAGUCAACAUUAAGGGCAAAGUCAUCAAGGCCCAGAUCUGGGACACUGCCGGCCAAGAAAGGUAUCGGGCAGUUACGAGCGCAUACUACAGAGGCGCAUUAGGGGCCAUGCUGGUUUACGACAUCACUAAGAGACAGAGUUUCGAUCAUGUGGCCAGGUGGGUCGAGGAACUCCGGGCCCACGCCGAUAGUUCCAUCGUUAUCAUGUUGAUUGGAAACAAGGCGGACCUAGUGGACCUCAGGGCGGUUCCGACCGAACACGCGGUGGAGUUCGCGGAGGAUCAGGGCCUGUUUUUCGCCGAGACGUCCGCCCUCAGCGGUGAAAACGUGGACAAAGCGUUUUUCAUUUUGCUGGAGGAAAUUUAUGGUGUGAUUUGUCGUAAGACGUUGGAAGGUGCCGACAAAAAGCCCAACGGCGGUGAUCAAGCCACGGCGCUCAAGGGAAGUAAGAUUGAUGUGAUUUCAGGGUCGGAUUUGGAAAUCAGUGAGAUGAAGAAAUUAUCUUCCUGCUCCUGUUGAUUACUUUAGAGUUUUCGGUGGUGUUUUUCAAUUCGGACAGCUUCGUUUUUUAUUAUAAAAUUGAAAUUAUAAA